GGAAACCCAAGCAAGCGAAUGCUGAAAUAUUGAUACCUUAUUCCAUCAUAUAUUUUCGCCGCGGGUUGAAAAUUUAUGCUCACAGAUCUUUGACAAUAUCAAUAGCUUUGACAUGCUUCCAGUUCAUGACCUGAAAUUGCUGAUCAAAUCCUUUUCCAGUUCUCAUGUUUCAAUAUGCAGUUGGGUAUGUUCUUCUUCCGUUCUUUCUCUGAUUAUGAUGUACUUGCAGGAACUGGUAAGAGCAAGGAUAUCAGCAUAUGCUUCUAAUCCUACUGCGAAGGUUAUCGAUGAACCUGCUGGAAUUCCCGCUCUUUACAGAAAUCAAAGGAGCACACAAUGCUUGAUGACCUUCAGAUCACCGUUUCAGCUUGUCAAUACUGCUGGCGUAAAUCCUCAAUCAUCUUGCUUUGCUAGAUCAUUUGCAUCAAAGGCUUCGAGGUCUACACAAAAGCAAUCAGAGGCUCGAAAGGAUGUGUCUACUUUUGAGGAUCCAUUUGAUGCUCCUACCUACAAUAUCCCAGAGAAGCCUGUGACGUUUACUGAGGGAGCUUCCUAUAGUCUUAUCAUUCUUGCGGGACUUGCAGUUGCUGGUGCUGCUGCAUAUGGAGUUUUUAAGGAACUCAUUUUUCAGCCAAAAGAGUACAAAAUUUUCAAUAAAGGUCUCGAGAGGGUUCAAAAUGACGGUCAAGUUAAGGCAAGAAUUGGAUCUCCUGUAACAGGCUAUGGAUCAGAGAGUAGAAGUCGUGCUGCACGCCAACGCAUCCCCAAUAGGAUAUGGACCGACGAAGACGGAGUUGAGCAUGUUGAGGUCAAUUUUUAUAUUCGCGGACCACAUGGAGCUGGCAAGGUUUAUACAGAGAUGUUUCAAGACAAGGUGGAUAAGCAGUGGAAGUUCACAUACUUGAUUGUCGAGAUCAGAUCGCCUACCCCAACUCAACUGAUGCUCGAGUCGUAUGUACCGGCCUGAAUAUCCACAUAAAGUAACUUACGUGUUCUGUCCUGCUAUAGUCGUGUGGAUGCAGUCGAUAUGCUCUAAACUUUUUUCCAACUCACGCGAUGAGUUAGCUACAGUUCUGAUGAUUUCAAGUUCAUUUUUGGUUGAGCCAUUUGAUUCUGUUAGCGUUGAGGAGGAAGUUUACUUAUUUUGGGUCAUACAAGUUGUUGCAAGAAAAGCUGUUAAGUUCUUUCACAUGGAAGACUUACUUGCAGUUCACAGCCAAAGUUGUUUAAAAAAUUUGAUUCAAUGAAUAACAUGAAAGAAGAAUGAAGUGAUUGCAGCUUUAA